UUCUGCACAUGAUGCUAUGGAAGAAGUCUCCCCUCUGCGCGCCCUCUCUGGGGUGACUGCCUAACGCAGCGUUAGCGCCGAGCUCGGAUGCAGAAGCGUGUUCAUCACAUGCAAACUCCACCCUCCACAUUCUGAGCCCGAGCCUGAGCCAAAGCCUGUUCCGAAACAAAAACACGGAAAAGUCACUUCGACAUGCAGUGGCCAGAUUGGCUGAAAUGGCCGCCGUCUGACCAAGAAAAGAAGAAGAAGGACUCUGUCUUGUGGUCCGAAUCCCUCAAUGCCACCGAUUGGUCGCACUAUUCGUCGCCGAGGACCAUCAUCCCUACCGCCAUCUUGACCUUCUCGACCCUCGCCUUGAUCCGCAUCUACCGCCGAAGCCUCCGUCGAAUCCCAGAUGCCCAAUACAUCACCCCUUCAUAUUUCCACAAACGCACUCUCUACGGUUAUGUCAGUCGCGUUGGAGACGGUGACAACUUCCGCCUUUUCCACACUCCAGGAGGACGUGCCACUGGCUGGGGCUGGCUCUCUUCCAGAAAAGUACAAGAUUGGACGCAGAAAGACUUCCAGAACAAAACUAUCCACGUCCGCAUAGCAGGUGUUGAUGCCCCGGAGACCGCUCACUUUGGCAACAAAGAGCAACCCUUUGGAAAGGAGGCCCUCGAGUGGCUUAGGACUCUGCUUCACAAGCGUUACGUCAGAGCAUACAUCUACCGUCUCGACCAAUAUCAAAGAGUCGUCGCAAGUGUGUCAUAUUGGAAAUGGGGCUUCUGGAAGACUGACGUUGGUUUGGAAAUGAUCAAGAAUGGCAUGGCUACAGUCUACGAAGCUAAAUUCGGCAGCGAGUUUGGCGACAAGGAAGCAAAAUACCGCCGCGCUAUGGAGAAGGCCCAGAGAAAGCAGAUUGGCAUGUGGACUCACACCAAGCCUGGCUUGAUGGCCAAGUUGAUGGGCCAGAAACAAGAGAAGGUUGAAACUCCGCGGGAAUACAAAACCCGCAUCAGUCAAGCCGAGAAGGGGGAUGCUGGCCCCAAGAAAUAAGGAUAUUGUUUUCUGCCUAUC